AAUUAAUUUCAUUAUCUAGCGGAAAUUCGUCUGUUUCUUACAAAACUUCUCGCCUUAUUUUAUCCAUAAUGUCUACUGAUUUAAAUGCGAGCUUCAAUGAGCAGUUCAUGAACAUAAACACUAAAUUGAAAAAGCGAUUCCUAAGGAAGCCGAACAUUUCUGAAGCCACCAACGAGUUCAUAGCUCUAGCUAUACAAUGCGAGUACUCCGAGCAACCUACAUUUGCUGGGCAUUGCUAUAUAGGUGCAGCCAAGUGCGAAGCGUCUGUUGGCAAUUUUUUGGGCGAAGCGGAGUACCUAGUGACUGCAGCUAGACAGUUUAUGAAGGCGGAGAAAAAACUACGUUCGUUAAAGUUUUGUAGUCCUGAUAGGGAAAAUCUAGAGGCAGCCAUUGGAUGUUUCACCCAAGCCCUGACCAAGUAUCCAGAUAGGUCCUCCAUCCGCCUGUCCCUACUGAGUGAGCUGGCUGCUGACCUUGUGACUUUGAACCUUAAGUGUGAAGCGGUGUCCUACUAUGAACAAGCACUGGCUUUAGUACAAGACCCAACCAUGAGGAUCAUGUUUGUGAAGAAUUAUAUUAAUCUGCUUAUUGACUGUGGAAAAUAUGAUAUAGCUUUAGAAAAAGCAAAUGGAUUGGUAGACUCCAAUGGGAAUCUACCAGAAGAUGUUCUUGCAGAAAUCCAACUAAGCAGAAUUCUACUUUCCCUUUAUAUGGACCCAAAAGGUAAUGCAAAGGUGGAAUCCCUGAAACAACUAUUCACUGAUAUACUUAAGGAUGCUGACAGUGAUGCAAUACCAUUCAACGUGGACCUACGGCUUAAACUCCAGUCGGCCAUCUUGUCCCACGUGACCCGCGACGCGCAAGCGCUCGCGCGCGCCGCCUGCGAGCUGCGGCCCGCGCUCACGCCUGCGCAGAACGACCUGCUCACCCUUGUCGCUACGACCAUGAAGUGAACAAAACAAAAUAAACUCUAUGUGUUAAGAUAUAAAGCUGUUUUUGGUUAAGCUUUAUCG